AACCAAGCAUGAAGAUUUAUUCCGAAGCGAAUUUGUUGAACAAUAAGCUGAUUUGGAAUCUGUCUGAUCAAACAUCAACAGAGAUUACAACAAUCAACAUCGAUUAUACUUUGGAUUUAUUCGAACUCACAAACAAUACGUUACUGGAAGAGGGAAAUAAAAAUAUGUAUUUCUAUAAGGUUGAGCAGUUGACUUUUCUAUGGAUUCUGUUAAUACUGAUUGUGGUCUGUAACUGCUUCGUUCUGAGAGUGGUGCUGCCAGCUCGACUUCGCGGUAGUUCUAGAAUGAAUUUUUUUGUGAUGCACCUGGCCAUUGCAGAUUUAUCUAACGGCUUGAUAUGCGUGUUACCUGAUAUCAUAUGGAAGAUGACAUUAUCAUGGUAUGCCGGCAAUGUCAUGUGCAAAGUGGUCAAGUUUUUCCAGGAAGUCGUCGUAUUUGCAUCAACUUAUGUCUUAGUUUCCCUCAGUCUCGACCGACUUGAUGCCAUUGCCAGACCCCUACGGUUUACCGGUAGUGGUACGAGAUCUCGAAUCUUGGUGGCGUCAGCAUGGGGCUGUGCCAUCAUCUUCUCGUGUCCGUCGUUAUUUCUGUUCAAAGAAACCACCAAUCCAUUGGACGAAUCCAUAAAAUUGUGUUACUUGGAUCUAACUGAACAGUGGCACUGGAUGGUCUAUAUCACAUUGCUAGCAGUGGCCUUGUUUAUCAUACCGACCAUAAUAAUUAUUAUAUGUUACACCACCAUUAUCUAUGUCAUAUGGAACAAUGGUAAAAUGCUACUUGGUAUGGAAGGCAGUAAUGCUAGCGAUCAUUCACAGAAAAGAUGGAAGCAUCAAACGAAAACAGGCUCAAAGCACAGUCAAACAACUUCCAACAACAGCAGCAGUAGUUCCAGUUCCAGAGGUGUUAUCCCCAAAGCUAAAAUCAAAACAAUUAAAAUGACAUUCCUUAUUGUACUUGCCUUCAUCACAUGUUGGUCUCCCUACAUGAUAUUCUGUCUGCUACAAGUCUAUGGAAUGAUUCCCAACACACAUACCAUGCUGGCCGUCGCCACAUUCUUCCAGAGCUUGGCACCACUGAAUAGUGUUGCCAAUCCCAUUAUAUAUGGUAUCUUCAAUUUAUGUGAUUGUAAGAAUACAAGAAAUGCUGCUUGUUGCAGUGAAAUGAUUUGUAAAUGCUUCUAUGACAGAAGAGCUAGAAAAACCACAACUUUCAGAUCUGUAACAUCUGGAUACACCACAGUCGUUGAAACAAACUUCACUCACAGAGAACAUUUGGAGCAGACAGCAUCAAGGCGAGACUCUGGAGUGCCGUAUGUGAAAAGUGCCAUCAGUGACACAGAGCGGAAGAUCCUUCUUCGAAAUCUCAACACAAUCGCGCCUGAGAAAAUAAAAAACAGAAAAAACAUCCGUGAAUCAAAAAUAUAAACUGAACUCUAAUGAAACUCGACAUAAGUAAAUUGGGUCGAGGUGAAUUUUGCCGAAGAAAGUUGAGUUGGGCUGAAUUAAGUCGAAUUAAGAUAAGUUGAUCUGUGAUGAGUUGAGCUGUGGUGAAUUUAGAUAACACAGAUUGAACUGAGACAAAUUGAGCAGAGAGAUAUCUAACUGUGAUGAGGUGAGUUGGCAUACGUUUGGUUGACAGAAUCUUCGCAAAGUUGGAAAGAAAUGAGUUAAACGCAGAAUCUGGUCGAAAGUAAAAAUCAGAAGAUAUGCAGGCAGAUCUCUAAUCCAUCUUCUCUUACAUCUACAUACAUCUCAUUUUUUUUUUUAAUUUCCAGUUGAAUUCAUGGAGCUGUUAACAAUGGCUAGCCAACCAUUUCUCGUAACUCUCCUUGUAAAUUAAGUUAUUUGCGGUUAAGCUAAUGUAACCUCAACCAAAACUGUAUUGCUAACGUUUGUUGCUAAAUAUACCAGACUUGUCACCACAUGAUAAAAACAAACAAACAAACAAACAAACAAACAAACAAAUCUAUUUUAAAAUGUGAGAGAGUGUGACAUGUGGAGGUUUAAAUAAAUUUGGUUUAAAAAAAGAGAGAAGAGGUUCAGUCCAAGAUCCUUUCUCGGGUAACAGGGGAAAGAAAGGUCCAUGUAUUUUGUGGCUGAAGUGUAACUAGAAACGGAACUCUUCUAUGCCUUCCUCUCUGUCUGUCUGUCUGUCUAUCUGUCUGUCUGUCUC